GCCCCGGGGCUGUGCGGUGAAACCGGCCCGGCCGUGGCUGGGGCGGGACCCAGACGGGGCUGAGGGGGCAGAGAUACCCCGGGCCUGCCCUGCCCUGCCCUGCCCUGCCCGGGUGUCCGGCCAAGGGUGACAGGGACAGGAAGGAGGCUGCGGUCACUGCCCUCAGCUGACCCCCGGAAGGCGCUGUAAAUCCUGGAUCCUCCAUUCCCAUGGCUGGGCGCCGAGGAGCUGCCUGAUGACCCCAGGACAUGCUGAUACUGUUUUGCCAGGAGAGAGAUGGGCAAAAGGUACUUCUGUGACUACUGUGACAGGUCCUUCCAGGACAACCUGCACAACAGGAAGAAACACCUCAAUGGAGUGCAGCAUCUGCGGGCUAAGAGAGUCUGGUACGACUUAUUCCGAGAUGCUGCUGCAAUCCUGCAGGAAGAGCAAACCAAGAAACCUUGUCGGAAGUUUCUGCAAACAGGACAGUGUGAUUUUGGGUCCAACUGCAGAUUUUCCCACAUGACAGAGCAGGACCUGGAGAAGCUGAGUGCCCAGGUUCAAGGAGAGAAGAGGCUGAAGGAGCUGCAGAGGGAGGGAGCAGAUAUCCCACCAGGCACCAUCGAGGACUGGCUGGACAAGAGAGCCCAGAGGCUGAGUGCAGCUCAGAGCAGCAGUGCUCUUCUUGAGAAACCAGCACCAUUCCAGUACCCUCUGGGCUGGCCACCAGUGCAAGAGCUGCCCCCGUCCCUGCAGGCCCCCCCACCCGGGGGGUGGCCAGUGCCCCCCAACCUGCAGUGGGGCUGAGGCACCCCAGAGCCUGCCUGGGGCUGCCUGCCUCUGCUCUGGGAAAGGGAUGGGAUUAUUUAUACACACUUUUAUUUCAAUAAACCCUCCUCCUGCCCGUUGCA